CCUCGAUCCCUCAGGUACAUGGACAAGAAGCUUCGGCUGAAGCUCAACGGCAACCGCGGCGUCGUCGGCGUCCUCCGCGGGUUCGACCAGUUCUUGAACCUCGUCCUGGACGAGUGCGUGGACGACAGCACCUCGGACAAGGAGCCGCUCGGGAUGGUCGUCGUCAGAGGGAACUCGAUCAGCGCCCUGGAGGCGCUCGAGCACAUCCCCGCGGCCGUGAGGAAGACGCAGUGA